AGUGUGUUCUCCAAGUCAAGUUCGUUCGAUUUAUACACAUAUCUCAAUCAACCUUUUUUUAAGAUGAUAUGGAAUCAGCUAUUUUGUAGCGGCGGCCAAAUUGGAUUUUUCAAGAAAAGCAGUUUUAAAAUGACAGUAGAGAUAAUGGUAUUUUAUAAAUUCGGUCAGUUCGUAUUGGUCAAAUUUCUAUUAAUGUGGGACAAUCCUACAGACAUACAAACAUACAUACGAACAGUUCAAGCUAAAUAAAACCGCUUGAUAAAGUAAUUGGCUAUUUUGUGAUUGCGGUCAUCUCGAAUUUGGAUUUUUCAUGAUCUACUGUGAUCUACUAUUCAAGCCCUUUCAUUUGAUACUCAUAUUCAUCGGGUUUGAGAAAAUAUGCAGCCCGCCAUUUGAUAGUGGCAGCCAUCAUAGAUUUGCAUUUUUCAUAAAUAACUGUGUUCUACUAGUCAAGCCCUUUCAUUUGAUACCCAUAAUAAUAGGGGUUUGGAGAAAAUAUGUAGUCCGCCAUUUUGUAGUGGCAGCCAUCUUGGUUUUGCAUUUUUCAUAAAUAACCGUGUUCUAAUAGUCAAGCCUUUUUAUUUGAUACCCAUAUUAAUGAGGUUUUCAGAAAAUAUGUAGUCCGCCAUUUUGUAGUGGCAGCCAUCUUGGAUUCGCAUUUAUCAUGAAUAAGCGUAUUUUACUAGUCAAGCCCUUUCAUUUGAUACCCAUAUUAAUGAAAUUUCGAGAAAAUAUAUAGUCCGCCAUUUUUUAGUGGGAGCCAUCUUGGAUUUGCAUUUUUCAUAAAUAAUUGUGUUCUACUAGUCAAGCCCUUUCAUUUGAUACCCGUAUUAAUAAGGUUUUGAGAAAAUAUGUAGUCCGCCAUUUUGUAGUGGAAGCCAUCUUGGAUUUGCAUUUUUCUUAAAUAACCGUAUUCUACUAGUCAAGCCCUUUCAUUUGAUACCCAUUUUGGAGGGGUUUUGGAAAACCCAUAUUGAUGAGGUUUUGAGAAAAUAUGUGAUCCGCCAUUUUGUAGCGGCCGCCAUCUUGGAUUGUCAAGAUCAUGAAAUACGCGGUUUUAUAAUGACUACAGAGAUAAAGGUGUGUUCCGAACUUCAGAUCAAUCGUUCAACAGGAAGGGGGUCAAAUUUCUAUUAAUGUGGGUCAGCGCUACAGACAAACACGUUACACGUUACAAACAUACAAACAGGGCAAGCUAAAUAAAACCGUUUAAAAAUCGCCAAUCUUUUCACUUCUCCGGAAAUACCAUAACUUCGGCACCCAUUUCACUCGGAGAAAUUGAACAUUGCUUAGAUACGCUAUCGAUUAAACAGUUGAAGAUUUCGAACGUUCUCAGCGAAAUAUGUCGUAUCUUUGCCUAGGCCCGAUAAGUGCGGGAAAAACCCUCCUCCUUACGUGUCUCCAGAAUCCAGAUUCGGUGAAUUUCACUUCCCACUCGGUUUCAAGUGUAGGUACGAAUUUGUUUACCAUCAAAAUUCCACCUGUAGUAAUCGAUGAGAAAGAGAUAAAUGUGAAACCAUCGCCAGUUGCUCGAAAGCGGGAAAUCGUCCAAGUACGGGAAGUUGGUGGCUGCUUAGCUCCGAUAUGGCGCGACUAUCUGAACAAACCAGUGGAAAGGAUCAUUUAUGUGGUGGAUACAUCCAAUCUGUGUCAAAUAUCGGCAGCCGGUGUUUUGCUCUAUUCUAUGCUUGCCGAACCAAGAUUGCAAAAGGCGAAAUUUCUAUUGGUUUUGUCGAAAAUGGACUUGGCGUACCGUCAAAUGAGAAACGAGGCGCUUCUUAUGUUACAGAUGGAGAAAUUCAAAAAACAAAUUCCGCAGGACAUAACCAUUGUUCAAUUCAGCGCCAUCAACAAGGAAGGAAUUGAUGAAAUCUACGAUUGGUUGGGCUCCCAAUAGUGAUUUCUCAUAUGUUCACCAUGAAAAUAAAAUAUUUCU